AUGAGGCGCGCUGCUGCCAAAGCAGCGGCAAAAACAGCGGCUUUAUCAGCUGUAUCGGUGCAUCGUUUGGCGGCAGAUGUCUCGACAUCAUCAUCCUCUGUCGUCGUCGGGAGGAGGAUCUUCUGUCGUCAAAGAACAGCAUCAUCGACGGCGCGACAAAGCAGACGACAUCAUCUUUUUGCUGCUUCGGCGAUGGUCGGGGAUGAUGAUCGUGAUACUAAUAACAGCAACAGAGGAGGAUUUGCGAGCAGUUCUUCUUCUUCGAAGGAUGCCUCCUCGGCGCUCGUUCGUCGGUUUAUGCGCGAAAGUUGUUCAUUUUCAUCAUCAUCAUCCAGGAACGACACGCUGUUUGAUGAGAGACGAAAGAGGUACUACAGUUCUUCUUCUUCAUCAUCAUCAACAGCAACAGCAACAGCAAUCAAAACUAUCAUCGACGACGAGAACAACGCGGUAAUAACGAAGAAGACAAAGAAAAAAGAAGGACAACAAAAAACAGAUUCUGAAAUCGAUUUGAAAAUCCUGAAAACGUUAGGCAGUCACUUAUGGCCGGCGGAUUCCGUGGAGAACAAGGCGAGAGUGGUCACCGCGGUAUCCUUUUUAGUCCUUUCAAAGUUAGCCAACGUUUCGGUACCGUUUAUGUUUAAACACGCGAUCGAUGGGUUAGCGGCUUCGACGAGCGCGGACGGCGCGAUUACCGGAGCGACUGCGCUUUCGACGAUAGAUUUAGCCGCUAUUGGUCUCGGGACGCCGGCGACGAUGUUGGUCGGGUAUGGCGUCGCUCGAGCGACGGCGAGCUUAGCGAGCGAACUUCGGAACGCGACGUUUGCAAAAGUAUCGCAAGGCGCGAUUCGAUCUUUAGCUAGAGACGUGUUCAAACACUUGCACGAUUUAGAUUUGACGUUUCACUUGAAUCGACAAACGGGGGCGUUGAAUCGAGCAAUCGAUCGAGGCCAACGCGGAAUUUCGUUUUUAUGCAACUCGAUGGUCUUCAACGUGUUCCCGACGGCGUUGGAAAUUGGUUUAGUUUCCGCGAUUUUAUAUUCCAAAUGCGGGCCCGAGUUUGCGUUGUUGUCGACGGGCACGAUUGGUGCGUACACGGCGUUCACGUUUGGCGUGACGAAAUGGAGAACAAAGUUCCGCAAAAAAAUGAACGCGUUGGAAAACGAAGGCAACAACAAAGCAGUCGAUUCUUUGUUAAACUACGAAACCGUGAAAUAUUUCAACAAGGAGAAACACGAGGUGAAUAGAUUCGACGAAAGUUUAAAAGGCGUGGAACAAGCCAACUUGAAGAUUGCCACGAGUUUAGCCGGAUUGAACUUUGGACAAAACGCUAUUUUCUCAGCCGCGUUGUCCACGGCGAUGUUAUUAGCGGCGAGUAAAGUCACGACUGGAGAAUUAACCGUCGGUGAUUUAGUCAUGGUAAACGGCUUACUCUUUCAACUCUCCGUCCCUUUGAACUUUUUAGGUACCGUAUAUCGUGAAGCGAAACAAUCGAUGGUGGAUAUGACGACGAUGUUUAAAUUAUUAGAAGAGCAAUCGCAAGUGCGAGAGGCGGUGAAUGGUUUAGAGUUGCCGACGAGUAAAGAGGCGUUGGAGAAAGGAUUUAGCGUAGAAUUCAGAAACGUGUCGUUCGGAUACGAUCAAACUGGCGAAGAAAACGAGUUUGAUACUAUUACUAGUGAGGGAGGUGCGGCGGAGGAGUCGUCGAGUUCGGCCCCGGGUAACAACAACGCGUUGAUUGUGGACGAUUUGAGUUUUAAAAUUGAAGCCGGAAAAUCCUUAGCCAUCGUUGGCGCUUCCGGGAGUGGUAAAUCGACCAUUUUGCGCCUGUUGUAUCGCUUAUACGACGUGAACUAUAACUGCGAACACAACAAUCACGACAGCACGCAGUGCGGCGUAUACAUCGACGGUAAAAACGUGAAGGAUUUGAAGCUCGAUUCGCUUCGAGAAAAUAUCGCCAUUGUCCCGCAAGAUGUCGUGUUAUUCAACGACACGUUGCGAUACAACAUCGCGUACGGUAAAUCGCAAAGAUUUGUUGAUAGUGAGCACCAAUCGCUUGGGGAAGAACUCGCGACGGAUGCGGAAAUUCGCGAAGUUGUUCGUCGCGCUCGACUCACGGAAACCGUCGCGAGUUUGCCGAAAGGUUUCAGCACUCAAGUCGGCGAACGAGGGUUGAAACUCUCCGGAGGCGAAAAGCAACGCGUCGCGAUCGCGCGCGCGCUUCUUAAAAACAGUCCAAUUGUACUUCUCGACGAAGCCACGUCCGCGUUAGACGCGUACACCGAACGCGAAAUCGUCCGCGAGAUUGACUUUCUAACCAAAGGCAAAACCACCGUCGUCGUCGCGCACAGAUUAUCCACCGCGCGACGAUGCGAUAACAUCGCCGUCAUUCACAACGGUAAAAUUGUCGAAUACGGUUCGCACGACGAGUUACUCUCCAUCGAAAACGGUCGAUACGCGAAAUCUUGGGCACAGCAAACGCAAAAAAGGAGCGACGUUUUCGAUUCAGACGACGAUACUUCUUCAGGAGGGAACGAAGAACGACCACUCGCUCCAACUGCAUCGGACGUAAACGACGAAAACGCAGUCAGAGAAGCAAAGCUGACGAUGAACGACGACGACGACAAAGACAAUAAUAAAAUCCACGACCCGAACACGCCUUUAGACGAGCUGUUGCGUCGGCACGCGCCAAAGAAGAGAGGUGGUGAAGUCAGCAUCAGAGAAAGGCAGCAGAGAAAGUCCUCCGUUGUCAUGGAUAAGAAGAGAUGUUGUUAA